AUGGGACUGGUACAAAAGCAGACACAUGGACCAUCGGAACAGAAUCUCUAUUCCAGAGAUAAAGACUGCUCUUCACUGAGCAAGAGAAACCUCAGGCCCCCAGAAUUAAAUAAAAGCCCCUGUGUUCCACCAGCCCUGAUCACUCACCUCUCUAUUGGGCACUCAACCACGAAACUCCAUUCCCUUAUUUCUGUUCUCCUCCUCUUUGUGACUUUAAUACCAAAAGGAAAGACUGGCGUUAUUCCAGGACAAAAACAGUGUAUUGCUUUGAAAGGGCUGUGCAGAGACAAACUAUGCAGCACACUAGAUGAUACCAUUGGUAUAUGUAAUGAAGGAAAAAAAUGUUGUAGAAGGUGGUGGAUACUUGAGCCCUAUCCAACUCCGGUUCCCAAAGGAAAAUCUCCUUAG